AUGCCGCCUCACAACAUGGAGCCUCACAACAUGCGGCCGCACAACAUGGAGCCUCACAACAUGCGGCCUCACAACAUGGAGCCUCACAACAUGCGGCCUCACAACAUGGAGCCUCACAACAUGCGGCCUCACAACAUGGAGCCUCACAACAUGCGGCCUCACAACAUGCGGCCUCACAACAUGGAGCCUCACAUCAUGCGGCCUCACAACAUGGAGCCUCACAACAUGCGGCCUCACAACAUGCGGCCUCACAACAUGCCGCCUCACAACAUGGAGCCUCACAACAUGCAGCCUCACAACAUGGAGCCUCACAACAUGGAGCCUCACAACAUGCAGCCUCACAACAUGGAGCCUCACAACAUGGAGCCUCACAACAUGCAGCCUCACAACAUGGAGCCUCACAACAUGGAGCCUCACAACAUGCAGCCUCACAACAUGGAGCCUCACAACAUGGAGCCUCACAACAUGCAGCCUCACAACAUGGAGCCUCACAACAUGGAGCCUCACAACAUGCAGCCUCACAACAUGGAGCCUCACAACAUGCGGCCUCACAACAUGGAGCCUCACAACAUGCCGCCUCACAACAUGGAGCCUCACAACAUGGAGCCUCACAACAUGGAGCCUCACAACAUGGAGCCUCACAACAUGGAGCCUCACAACAUGCCGCCUCACAACAUGCAGAUUAUAACACAGAGUAACCAUUAUUCAAGACAAUUAUAUCACAAAGUAAUUAUACCAAAAUAA